UGUAAACAAGAAGUGGUGGCUUUGCGUUUUGAGACGUGGGAACUCCUCCACUCCAGGUCGGCCUGCCGCGAAGAGCAAGGACCGGGACUCGUGUGUCUUUUGGGGCGCCUGGCAGAGGAGAGCGAGGGAGAAGAAUAGCUCAAAGGCCGGGUCCUCCCCGGUCGCUGGGGGGCGAGCGAGCGAGUAUUGGCGAGCCGACGCUCGGCCUGGCUCGGCUUUGCCUGGGAAGGACGGGACGCGGUGCGCUACGCCGGGUUCUUCCUGCUGCUGUUGUCGCUAUGCCUUACGCCAACCAGCCCACGGUGCGCAUCACGGACCUCAGCGACGAGAACGUCAAGUUCAUCAUCGAGAACACAGACCUGGCAGUAGCAAAUUCCAUCAGGAGAGUGUUCAUAGCUGAAGUUCCCAUCAUAGCCAUAGACUGGGUCCAGAUAGAUGCCAACUCCUCCGUGCUGCAUGACGAGUUCAUUGCACACAGACUGGGCCUGAUCCCACUUACUAGUGAUGAUGUUGUUGAUAAGCUGCAGUAUUCCAGGGAUUGCACCUGUGAUGAAUUUUGCCCUGAGUGCUCGGUAGAGUUCACGCUUGACGUCCGAUGCGACGAAGACCAGACCCGCCACGUCACAUCCCGUGACCUCAUCUCCGACAACCCCCGGGUUAUACCAGUGACAUCUGGGAGCAGAGAUAAUGACCCCAAUGACUACGUUGAACAGGACGACAUCCUCAUUGUCAAGUUACGGAAAGGCCAGGAGCUGAGGCUGCAGGCGUAUGCGAAGAAGGGGUUUGGCAAGGAGCAUGCCAAGUGGAACCCCACAGCAGGAGUGGCCUUUGAGUAUGAUCCAGACAAUGCCCUGCGGCACACGGUCUACCCUAAGCCAGAGGAAUGGCCGAAGAGUGAAUAUUCUGAGAUUGACAAAGAUGAAGCCCAGGCUCCAUACGAUCCCAAUGGAAAGCCAGAGAGGUUUUACUACAACGUAGAGUCCUGUGGCUCUCUGCGUCCCGAGACCAUCGUCCUCUCGGCGUUGUCCGGCUUGAAGAAGAAACUGAGUGACCUCCAAACCCAGCUGAGCCAUGAGAUCCAGAGUGACGUCCUGACCAUAAACUGAUUCUUCUCUGUUCCUCGGAGAAGCACCAAUUCCUGGGACUCUUCUCGUUGUAGGUACAGAGGCCACACUAGCCGGGAGGCUGUUGACGUGGAUAUUGGGUCUGGUCCUUUCCUACUGGAGCCCUUUGCCUUCAAGCUUCUGAAGCAACACAGUGUCUGUUGAUGCAUCUCCUGCUGCUCCCUGCACCCCGAAACCAAGGGUGGACCCUCCAGAUGUUGUGGGAUUGCAGCUCCCUUUAACCCCAGCCAGCAGAACCAGUGGUCAGGACUGAUGGGAGUUAAAGCCCAACACCGUUUGGAGGGGCACAGAGAGGGGAACCCAUCUUGCAUGCUCCCUUAAGGAAGUUCCUGAUUGCAGGAGGAAGGAUCAUGCGCUUAAGGAGCUAAAAGGCAAUGUAUGCCAGCCUUCCCCCAACCUGGUGCCCUCCCACUGUCUGGGACUACAACUCCCAUCAGUCCCUGUGCUGGCUGAGACUUAAGGGAGUUGUAGUCCAAAACAGCUGGAGGGCAUCAGGUUGGGGGAAGGCUGAUGUAUGCCGUUUUCCCUAAAAAGGCCUGUUUCCCUUUUUCCUGUGUUCUCCAGCGUGUUGGGAAAAUGGUUAUUCACAACCCCACCUUGCACUCUUUUCUCCUCCCAGCUGCACGUGUUGCCCUCUGCCCUUGUUGCGCCUGGGCUUUCGGAGGAAAACAUCCCCUUGCUGGCGGGUGUCCAGGAGACACAACUGUUGUUUAGUAGUAGAGUUUACGUUUAUUACUCUCCGGAAUAAAAAGCCUUUUACCUUG